AUGAUUUACAAAAGAGUCACAGACGAUGAAGCAAAUAAGUUAUUUUAUUUUCUACAAAAAUAUUCAAGAGAAUGGCCUUUAUUGAACAAUGUGACAUGGGAAGAAAAUGGAGCCAUAUUUGCUGACGUAACUUAUGGAAGUUAUAUAAUAAUAACUAUAGGACUUAUUAUUGGACAAUGUUCUGGAGAAUUGAAACGCUGUAGGAAAAUGGAAAAUUUUUUUCUCAUAGUCGGAGCUAUACUAUUUAUAGCGACUGGAAGCCUUGAAUUAGCAGCGUUGGAAUCGGUCGAAGAAAGACUCGUAGAUAAUGCCGCCAUAUUGGGAGUUUUUUCCUUGGUAGCAGGUUUUCUAUUCAUAAUAGAUCUUUUAACGGCUAGCAAAAGAAGAAAAAGGCAAAAAUUAAAAUCAAUUAAUAAAGAAGGUUUGAGUAAAUUGACGCAAACGGAAGAGAAAAAUUUAAAUGAAAUUAUUCAAAGCGAUGUCAAUGGUAAUAUUCAAACGGAGGGAGGUGGUCAUAGAAUUCCAAAAAAUGCCGUCAAAUUAUUACCCACGUCACCGGUUUUAAGUGAGUAUGUGUUUCCACCGCAAAAAUAUACAAACAAUCAAUAUUUAGGACCUGUGGAUUAUUAUCCAGAACCGUUACCCAUCGAUAAAGAUGAAUUGAAAACUCACGAAGGAAAAAUACGAUACACGGAAAGUUUUCUCCGAUCUGAAAAAGGAUUGUAUCCGAAUUUGAGAAAAGGUUCCGAACAGGAUCGAUCAAACAAUCAUUAUUUUAUACCGACCGGAUAUGUAUUAGUCCCUGCCGAACAAUUUCAUUCGAAAAGUCCGACGAAAUCCGAUUCUGGAAUUGGUGAAUCUUACACUCCUCCGAGUUAUACAAAAGUUAUACCGAGUGCAAAAUUAAAAACUAAAAGAGAAAAAGAAAAUUUUUUAGAUACAUCAGCAAAUGAAAGUUAUCCAUUAUCAAGAAAGAAAUCUAUCAGACUUCAACCUUCCGGAAAAUUGUCGAAAACUCCUCCUCCACCAUCAGAUGCGUAUUUUCCAAAUGGAAAAGACGCAGGUUCUGAUUCGUGGCACGUUCACGGUAAUUCGUAUAAAGUAAAUUCGAGCGAUUUAAGCGAAAACGAAGGCAUGAGACCGGACUCGAAAAAUGAUUACGAAAUGAAACAAAUCAAGCCUCAAAAAGCGAUUAAUAAAAAUUUUGAGUCUGAAGAAGAUUCAACGGAUGAACAUAAACGUUCGUAUUCCAUAGAAGAAUAUUCCAGGCCGAGUUCUAGAUUUUCACAAGAGUCUAGAGAAUGGUAUAACAAACAUAAGGGAAAUAUGAAAUAUGAAGGACACGGGAACGAUCAAAAUAAAUUUUCGUAUUCCAAAAGAUCUUCGCCGUUUAACAAAUCGGUACCGACUUCUCCAUUUGUAAAACCAAAAAGUAUUUUACGCUUUGACGAUGAUCGCUCUUCGAAAAAACAAAACGAAUUUAAUUAUAAUAAAAAUCUUCAAUACGAUAGUUUAGAUAGUAAAAAAAUAGCAGAAGAUUUAAAAACUCUUAAGGAAAUCACAACAUCAAUCGACUACGAACAAGAAAAUUACAUGUUGAAACAAAAAUUACGUAAAGAAUACGAAGAAAGAGAAAAAUUAAAACAAAAAUUUAAAAAACAACUUGAUACGGAUAACGAUGAUUCGGAUGAUGAAAAAAACAGGAGAGUAUCGGAAAAAGAAGAACAAUAUUUCGGUUUGAAAGAUUUAAAACAAAGUCAUAAAGAAAAAAAAUUCGAACCACUAUCGAAAGCAAUAAGUUUGGAUACUUAUUUAAAGAAAGGAGAUGGAAAAGAAAUAAACGACAGAAUGAGGGAUAAAUAUUUUGAACGUGAAAGUCAAGCAUCGAGAGAAGCACAAGAAUUUAGAGAUUUAAUAGACGAACAUUCAGACGAAACAAAUUAUUCGCAAUCAACGGAUGAGGAAAUACGACUUAGAGUUGAAACUCCAGGUUCAUAUAAAUCCGAAGCAUUAGUUUGGGUUGAAAAUCCUAAAGAAAAUCAACCUUCUUCCACGUCGCCACCGAUUUCUCCAACACAUCCCGGUUACGUUUUAUACAGAGCACAAAAUUGGCCUGAAUCUCCAUCACCAACAGAUCGAUUUAAUUUCAAUGCAAAAGAAGCACAACAAAUAUCAAUAAAUAAAUCUCCAACACCACCGAUUAUCGAUCGUUUAAAAAAUGAUUAUCCUUAUUCGAAUGACAAAAUGAAUUCUCAAAAAUCACGUUUGUUAGAUUUCGAUCAAAUAUCGGAAAACGUUAAAGAUUCUGUGAUGACGUCACGUCAAAAAGGAUCACGUCUAAUAUGA